GAUUAUUGGGAAUGAACGUAAUCUCACAAUUGUUUCAGGUAAUUCUAAUUGUUUGCGUUUGUAUACAAUGUGAAUCUGAGAUUUUUUAUAAUGGAGUUUACUUGUUCUGUGUUAGUUACUAUAUUUUUUGCUGCAUGGAUUGAAAUAUCUUCGGGAGCUGUUACAACUUCAACGUCAACAGCAACACCACCCCCAACUGAAUUUCACAUUGGAGAAAAGAAUAUUACUUGGCAUCCAGAUCAUCACGAGAAAUUAAUUGUCACAACAGACGAGGGCUUUAAGAUUUCUGUUGGAAUACAAUAUUGUGUCAUCGAUAUUGCAGAUACGGAAUUUGUUAAAAUUUAUACAGAUAAACCUGAAGAAUCUAUUAUUGUUACUGGAACAGUUGCUGCUAGUCCUAAAUUUCUUUACAAUACAGACGUGUUAAAUUUAGAAUUUACCGGUACUAAAAAUAGCAAUGUUACAUUCGAAUUCGCAAGAAUUGGGGAUGUUAUCACAACUACUACCACUGAGCCAACAUCUUCCACAGAGUUUCUGCCUACCCCAAAUAUUACCGAUACCUAUGAACUGGUCGUAGUCUUGACAGGUCUAGCGGCAUAUCAAUACCGAAAUCCAACUGUAUUAUUGGAUUUUGCACAGAUGAUUACGAAUAUGGCUAUUGAUUAUUGUGAAGAUCAGCAGUUUGAGUUGGUGGAUAAUAUAACAACGAACAAUGUUGAAAUAAUCGGAAUCUAUACUUGCACCACUGGCUGGCCCAGUUGCAGUCCUUGUGUAGAAGCCAAAUUUGCAGUACCUAUUCAUACGAAGAACGAUUCUGAAACCUGGCCAGGUUAUCAAUUAAAUCAAUAUCAUCUUCAGAUAAUGUGGGAGAGAUACUCAGAAAAGUACCUUACUGACGGGAUAACUACUUGUACUUUACCAAGUAUGAACAAUUGGAUCAAAUACAGAAUUAUUUUGUUUUUUUCAGUAACUGCAAUUUUUUUAAUAAUCUUGCUAAUUAUGAGAUAUUGCAGUGUAAAAUAUUCACGAAUUGCAGGAAGAAACAAAAAAAAAAUUGAAGGACAAAACGUAACACUAUCUGAAGAAGAUGCAGUGCAUGUAGAUCCUCUCAAUGAACAUUAUUAUCAAGAAAAACCUCCUUUCUUAGAUGUGACUCAACCGAUGUUUGAAUCUAAUAUGGGCUUAACAAAUCCUGUUUUUGAAUUGUUACCUGAGCCAUCUUCAGUCCUUAAAAAGAGACGAGUGUUUGCCGAGGACCAACAGGAGCUAGAAGUUAAUAAUGACGAGAAUAUUGGUUGGAGUGGCUUCGAAGUUGACGUUUAAAUAGUAUAGUGUGAUAAUAUUAUGUCUAGUGAAGGACUUGUUAUUUUAUUUAUUUUAUCAUUAAUAAACACUCUUUUUGAAAUAA